CGUAUGUGGUGCUGUUUGUUGCCUGCCGCUGCCAGUGCCAAGUGGAGCAGUGCUACUUUGGAACUAGGUGGAAUCUGCCUGUUACUUUCCUGUGAUCGAAUAAAUUCAUCAUGAGGCGGUGCGGCCUCGCCUUGGCCUUGCUCUCUCUGAGUGGCGUGUUUCUCACCGCGCACUCGCUCGCUGUCAUGUCGGUGGACUUGGGCUCCGAGUGGAUGAAGAUUGCUGUCGUGUCACCCGGAAUGCCCAUGGAAAUAUGCCUCAACAGAGACUCGCAGAGGAAGACCCCGGUUGUGAUCGCGUUCAGAGACGGAGAACGCCAGUACGGCGACAUGGCGCUCAACACUCAGACGAAGUUCCCGGACAAAGCGUUCGCGAACUUCCUGUAUCUGCUCGGCAAGCCUCUUGAUCACCCGAUCGUCCAGGAGUUCCAGAAAAAAUUCCCCUACUAUAAGCUGAGCUCUGAUGAGAAUUCCGGGGGCGUGAAGUUCACCCAUCCGGAGGGAAUGGAGUUUUCGGUCGAGGAGCUCGUGGGAAUGAUUUUGAAGAACGCCCAGGCCGCUGCCCAAGCAACAGCUGGUCAGAGAAUCAAAGAUGCUGUCAUAACCGUGCCGGCAUUCUUCAACCAGGCUGAACGCCGAGCUCUAGCCCGAGCGGCGAGUAUCGCCGGCAUCAACCUACUCCAAUUGAUGAACGAUAACACGGCCGUCGCCCUGAACUACGGAGCUUUCCGUCGGAAAGAGUUUAACGCUACGGCUACUAAUAUUCUCUUCUACGACAUGGGUACCGGAAGUACGACGGCGACUGUCAUUUCGUACCAGACGGCAAAGACCAGGGACCGCGGCUUCGUCGAAACCGCUCCCGUCCUCUCGGUGAAAGGCGUCGGCUACGACCGAGAUUUGGGCGGCCUGGAGUUCAAGCACCGACUCGGAGAGCACCUGGCGAAGAAGUUCGACGAGCUCAAGAAGGCUUCGAAGAAAGUGCACCAGAACAACAGAGCCCUUUUCAAGUUGUACAAAGAGGCGGAAAGAGUGAAGAAAAUUCUCAGCGCAAACACCGAGAUCAACGCCCAGGUCGAGAACGUCAUGGAGGACAUUGAUCUCAAAGUUACCGUGACCCGUCAGGAAUUCGAGGAUAUGUGUGCUGAUCUCUUCGCUCGGGUGACCCAGCCGAUCGAGGACGCUCUCGCGAGCUCGGAAAUCGGUCUCGACCAAAUCAAUCAAGUCAUCGUUGUCGGGGGCAACACACGCAUUCCGAAAAUCCAACAGAUCCUGCAAGAGUAUCUCAAGGGAAAAGGUCUCUCGAAGAGCAUCAACGCCGAUGAAGCCGCAGCCAUGGGCGCGGCUUAUCAGGCCGCAUACCUUUCCAAGGGUUUCAAGGUUCUGCCCUUCGUCGCGAAAGACGCGAACCUCUACCCGAUCCAGGUCGAGUUCAGCCGGGACGGGAUCAAGAACAUCCAGCGAGUGAUCUUUAAUCGUAACAAUGAGUUCCCCAAGCAUAAGACGAUUCUCGCCACACGCAUGGAGAAAGAUUUCACGGUUUACGUCAACUACGGUGAUCUGUCGUUCCUCUCGAAAAAAGAGCAAUCCCUAAUGGGGAAGUCGAGUAACAUUUCCAGUAUCCUGGUCAAGGGUGUCGCCGAGUCUCUCAAGAAGUACCCGACCGAAGAAGCCGAAGUCAGAGGAGUCCGUAUCCACAUGGCUAUGGACGCUUCUGGAAUUUUCCACAUCGAUCAGGUCGAAACCCUCUUCGAGAAGGAACAGGUCGAAGAAGCUGAGGCUAGCACCCUGGACAAGAUAAAGGCACAAUUCGGCAAAAUGUUCGGUGGAGGAGAGGGAGAAGCAGAACUUCCAGUAGGUGAUAAGAAAGAGCCUGAACAGGGCGAUAAGCCUUCCGAGGGAACAGGCUCCGAAACCCAGUCUGAGACUGUCAAGAACGAAACCGCCGGGGAAGCGGAACCGGAUGCUCCUGGGACGGAAGAGAAACCCAAAGAGGAGAAGUCAAAGGACGACAAACCGAAAGAGGAGAAACCGAAGGAAGCCGCCGCCGAAGCCAGGGAGAAGAAAAACGUCACGAAGAAAGUGGAGCUCAAGCAGAAACUCGACAAGGAAGUCAACGUGCUCGAUAUGCCCGACGUCGACCAGGAGCUCAUCGAGGCGUCAGCGAAGAAAUUGCAAGACCUUGACGAUAAGGACAGCGCUCAACUCGCUCUGGAUAAAGCGAGGAACGCACUGGAAUCUUUCCUGCAUGAGACCAAGGAUAAACUCAGCACCGAGGAGUAUCAAAACGCAUCCACGGAAAAGGAGAGAACCAAGAUCGUCGAAGCUCUGAACAAGGAACAGGAAUGGCUCGAGUACGAAUCCGACGCCGCCGAUACUGAGACGCUCAAAGGCAAGCUUGCGUCUAUCGCUGUCAUCACCAAGGACGUCAUCGAUCGGGUGAAUGAGCACAGGGAUCGGCCUCAGGCGUUGGACUCGCUUAACAAUCUCCUCAAGAUCUCUAAGGAAUAUCUAACGAACCUCGAGAGCGUCCCAGAAGACGAGAGCGUGUUCACGAAAGUCGAGCUGCAGACGCUCGGAACCCUGAUUACGGAUACCGAAACGUGGGUGGUGGAGCAGACUGCGAUCCAGAUGAAGACCCCUCUCAAUGAGGCUCCGAAACUCACGAUGAAGAUGAUCUUCGAGAAAAUUCAAGGUCUCGAUCGUGAAACCAAAUAUCUGAUGAACAAAGCUCGCUAUGCCCAACCCAAGAAGAAGGUCAAGAAGGAAAAAGAACCCGAGAAAUCAGGGGACGAUGAAACGAUCAAGGUCAAUGAGGAGGCGAUCAUCGAGGAGGAGAAACCUCUGGAAGAAACGCAGCCGACUCCCGCUCAGGAAGACACCGCCUCCGCCGUCCCGCCGGAUCCGAAAACGGAAGUUCCAGUCGUCGAGCCUCAGGACCCCAAGCAGGAGGAAGUGCACAGCGAACUCUAGGAUGUUUUACAAUUUCGAGAGAGAGUCGGGAUCGGGGACGUCAGGCGGCAACUGGUUACAAAUUCUGAAGCAUUCCUCGUUGAUACGGCUGGAUUUUCUCACAGUCAGUGAAAUUCUGAGGCAUCUGCAGAGAAUCAGGGUGGAGAAGUUGGGCGUUCAAUCCAGAAUCAGCUCCUAGGAGUUCCCCCGGUGAACGUGUACAUACCUUAUUAUUUAUUUUAAUAAAUCACGAUGUUAUUUAAA